CGGUGCUCGUUUUGUAGCGGUGCGGAAGCAUUAUGUUCUAAGCGUUAAAAUGUCAUUAUAUAGCGGCUCAUUAUAUGGCCCUGUUUCCCUAUUGAAUGGGUUGCGCUGCAGUGUGGCAGAAAGAAGGCACAGUGUGUACCCGAAUAGGGGCAUUCCCUUAGGCCGGAGGGCGGUAUUGCGCAUGCGUCUAGUGGGUUGUGUUUUGGCGGGGUUUGGUCGCUGGCUGCGUAAAGCACCGCUCGGUUAGAGCUUUCACCUAAUUCCUGGUACCGAGCGGAUUUCGGCGAGUGCCCGCUGUAUUUCACCCAGGAAGCUCGUCCCAUUUCGGAAGUAGAAAAUGGACGCCAGUGACACUUCUACAGGUCCAAGGCCCAAUAGGGAGAGCACAGUGGGCAAAAAGAGCAAAAGAGCAUCAGAUGCCUCCUCCUCUGAGGAAGAAGAGUAUGUUGUGGAAAAGGUUCUUGAUCGAAGAGUGGUAAAGGGACAAGUAGAAUACCUUCUAAAGUGGAAAGGUUUCUCAGAGGAGCAUAACACUUGGGAGCCAGAAAAAAACCUUGAUUGUCCAGAACUCAUCUCUGAGUUUAUGAAGAAGUACAAGAAAGCGAAGGAGGCUGAGCCAAAAGCCAAGACGGAAAGCACCAAAAGGAAAGCUGGAAGUGACGACAUUAAGGCAAAGAGGAGGAGAGAGAGCAAUGACAUCGCACGGGGCUUCGAAAGAGGUUUGGAGCCAGAAAAGAUCAUUGGUGCUACAGAUUCUUGUGGUGAGCUGAUGUUUCUCAUGAAAUGGAAAGACUCAGAUGAAGCUGACCUGGUGCUUGCUAAGGAAGCCAACCUGAAAUGCCCACAGAUUGUUAUAGCAUUUUAUGAGGAGAGACUGACUUGGCAUGCCUAUCCUGAAGAGUCAGAAAGCAAAGAAAAGGAAGCGGUGAAAAGUUAAAAAUCACUUUUAACAUCCCAUAUAUUUUCCCUUCUUCAUUCAGACACACACUCACACACUCACAGUCUACCUACUCUCCCUACCUGCCCUGGUCAAACUGCUGUCAUGGGCAGAAACUUUUUAUUUGUAAUAUAGAAAUAAGCCUCUGAGACACUCCAGCAAGUGGCAUUUGCACAAAGUCGUAGCAGCCAUUAAAAGAUGUUUCAGCGGUGGCGUAUUCAUCCUUGUUUGCUCGGAGGCAGAAGCCAGCGACUUUUUAAAGAAGAACAUAGGCCUCUAGAGUGUUUCAAAUUAAACCAAUGGUUACAUUUUUGUGUUGGGUUCAGAACAGCUCGGGCACAUUGAUAAAAGAACUUCCGUCAUCUAAUAGUGAUGAUACUGUGUGCUGUGAAGGGAUCCUUGCUGCUUACUCCCAUUCUUGGACGCUUGUUCUCGGAGGGAGAAGACUUUGUUUUUUUUUUUUCUGUUUUAAAUAUUGUUUUAAUAUAUAUCAUCUGUAUUCAUUGAUGUUGGGUCGCUUUGCCUUUACUUAUAUACCUGAAGAUGUUUGGGAGGGCACAACAACAAGGAUCUGAAUCUUCUCACAUAAAGGGAGGAAGCCACUCAAAAGGAGACCAAGAAUGAAUUCCAUAAAGACAGUAAGCCAGUGCCAGACUUUUGGGAUCCUCAAAACCUUGAGAAGAUGGGGUGCAAGCGAAUGUGGGUUUGUAUGUGUGGUUCAGUUGAUGUGCCAUAGUUUGUAAAAAAACGUCAUUCUUUUUAUUAGACAUACUGAAGACCAUAUGAAUUCCCUUGGAAUUGUUUACCAAGUGGGUGAGGCCCUAGGCAUUAUUAUUAUAAUCCUAUUUUUAGUUUUUCCAGUAUUCAGAAUUAAAAAUAUUAGGUUUUAUACACAUUUUAUAAUACAAUAGAAGGAUGUUGCUGAUAAAUCGAUUGCUCUGCCAAAGCUGUCAAAGUCCAGUAGACUUACUUACACUGGAAAUUCUGCUCCCUGGAAGUAAGCUAUGGCGACCAAUCAGGUUCCUGCUUUCAUUAUUUUGCAGCUGGUUGAACAAAGCUAAUGACUGGUUGCUGUAGGCUACUGCCAGGUAUAAAUUGGUGGAUUAAUAAACCUGAGUGUAUUUAGUCAGUAGCCGUGCACAAGGAUGAUUUACUUAUACAGGUGCUAACUUGAAGUAGUUCAGUUUCCCUUGGCAACCAGUCAGAUCUCAAAUUAUGUACAUCACUCGGAGCAACACUAAUUGCACCUAAUAGCAUGUAAAUCAGCCACACAAUCUGUCAGUGGAUCCCAAAAAUACGAUCAGAUGUAUCGAAUGUUAUUUCUUUGAGAUGAUGUUGAUUUGUAAGAGCAGCAGAGGUGUUACAAAUGUGACCUGUACAGGAUCUGUGCCUAGCUGAGCACUGCUUAUGAGUGGCAACUCACUGUACAUGUAAAACUCGUAGCAUAAGAGGCCUGGAGUUUCAGAAUAGAGGCUGGAGUCUUACCAAAAAAAAAAAUGACCUCCUGUUACCCUCCUUAAAAUGCACAGUGCAUAGAAUUACCAUUGAUUCUGGGUUUGUCGUUGGGCUGUGCCAUGCUACGUGCUACAAUCAAGUUUCCCUAUCUAAGACAAAGGUGUUUUGUUCCUUGCCACACAAUCAGCCUCGGCACUUUAGUGAUCUGGUAAAUCGGACCGCUUGUAGUCUGAAAUACCAGAUCCCUACUAGAUCCAGGGAUAUUCAGUACAGACCGUUAUUAGAAACAGAGGAUACAGUCACCAUUCUUUAUUAUCAGAGGAAACUGUAACACAUUAUUUCAGCAGAUUGCUGCUUGCCCUUUAACAAAUGUGUAUGAAAAGCACUUUUCCUAUAUGGAGACGUUCCCUAAAGUGAAAAAUGGCACAGAAUAAUAACAAAAAACAUAUACCUUGAUGUUCUAAAAGGUAUGUUUCAUGUCCAUUCAUCCGCACUGCACCACAGAGCUACACACUAGAACAACAUUCAUUAGCCUGUAAAGAAGCAGUUGGGCAGCACAGGCUUUCCAGACUACCACUAUAACUCUGCUACCUCACAGCUUUCAGUGUUCCCUUCUUGAUCUGAGAGUUAAAGCACACAUGCUUCGUACUAUUCAUUUGACCUGACAAGACUGACCUGCCAAGUCAAUACACAGUAUUUUUUUGGGGUGGGGGAAGGAGGGUGGCACAACUCGGUAAAAUAAGUAGAUGUAGUACCCAAAAUGGCCAGCUCUAAACCAGUAUUUUAUAUGGGUCAGAAGUCAUAGGGCAUAGUGAUCUGUAACGGGAUGAAAUUUGGGGUUAGCAUUUUUCCUACUUCAAGAAUUUAUUCAGUAUAAAAAUAAAAACUAGGUAAAUAAAUAGGCAAUGCAGAAAAAAAAAUGUUUCUGAUAUAGUGAGUUAGGCAAAAAUGUAAUGUAUAAAGGCUGGAGUGACUGGAUGUCUAACAUAACAGAACACAAAUUCAGCUCUCAUAGUUUCCACUGAUUGGUUACCAGGCAGCCACCAGGGGGACCACCUGGAUCAUAAUUGGUGCUUUUGAAUCUAAGUUGAAUGCUAAGGAUCAAUUGCAAACUCACUGAACAGUUAUGUCCCAUGUGGCCCCCCUUAAAGUCACUGACUAACUCAGAGAUAGAAAGCUGCAAAGCAGGAAGUAGUGUUCUGGCUAUUAUGUUAGACAUCCAGUCACUCCAGCCUUUAUACAUUACAUUUUUGCCUAACUAACUAUAUUAGAAACAUUUUUUAUUUUUACACUGAACUGUUCCUUUAAGGGCUGAGCCACAUCAUGCUUCAAGGGGCAACAUAUUUCAGCCCUGAUCUGGAUGGGUCAGGAGCUUUUCUGAAGUGUAUAUCUGGGGUGUACAUUGAAAUCAAACAGUUUAUUCAGUGAAGCUUUAGGAGCCUUUGUCUCUCCUUUAGAUAGAACCCCAGGCAUUGUGGACACCGCUGCUAUUAUCAGCAUUCACAAUGGAUUAUAAUUGUUAGCAGUGGGAAGUGUAGUCUCACAUCAUGGCCAGAGACACUCUGUGAUGGAUAGCUCUCUAGUAAACGCAAGUCUGGCUUGCUGGUGUGCCAGGGACCUUACAGUGGGUGAAAUCUAAAUGUGCCACCCAGCAACUUCCUUCUCCCUCCAGACCUCAAUGGGAAGAUCCCCUUAUUGCUGCAUUUUGUAGGACUUUUAACAUGUGCACUUAUAAAUGGCACUUCCACGGCUGCGCAGCCAUAUCAUGGGCUAUGGGAAUGAUCCAUCUAUAUAAAGUUGAGGGGGUAAAGCAUUGUGUUAAGUAUCCGUAACAACUGAAUGCAGAUUUUUUUACAGUGAGCCCUAAGAAGGGUGAUUCUAUUCAAUACAGUCGUGUAGCUUUUCACUUUAGGAGACUUAUCUGUGAUUAGUGCUCCUGUCAUGUGAAGCACUUUGGUUUUCUUGUAAAAAGCACUCGUAUAAGGGGAGUGAUGACUGUCUUCUCAUUUCAGGUUAUUCCAUGUUAAAGGAACAGCACCACCCAUGUUCAGGCUUUUGCCUUUUGGGGAGGAAUCCCCGUGUAGUGGCCUUAAGCAGACAUCCAUAUUUCUGCUUUGAUCUUCAGUAUAUGCCUAGAACUUACACACCAGUGUUACAAAGUGAUAUUAGCCUCUUGUCUGUUGGCUUUCACUGCUGGUCAUUACAGGACAAAGAAUAUUCUACAUUACAAGCUACUUUCUAUGAUGUUUCUUUUUUUGUGUUCUUUCUUAAUGAACUGUCUGGAACUUGCUUCCCAUCCAAUUAUAUACCAAACAGUGGCACACAGGCUAGAGUAUCUGGUGUAUUCUUUUUUUGUUUUGUUCAAACAAUGAAUUGUAGGUGAUAUUUACGUUCAACUAAGAGUUUACCGUGCUGCUUCAUUCUUUUCUUGUUUUUCAUAUACCAUUUGUUGUACUCUGCAGGUGUUUCUUUGAGGUCUGUGAGAAGAUGAAGUGUGGGUUCCAUGAAAAAUAUAUAUGCAGAGUACUGUAAAGACUGUAAUUGUGCUUAACUAAUAUGGUACUUUGACUAGGAGUCUGAUGGUGACUUCAAAGGUACACAGACGCAGAGGCCAAAUGAAUAAAAUAGGUGUAAGAAAAGA